GUUUGCAUUGGGGAAAGGCGGAGGAAAAUGUAACAAAAAAUAAUCGGGGAUGCGACUGAUGAAGGAGACACCGCGUAUUCAUUUUGACAUUAAAUAACUUCCGAAAGAAGCCGCCAAACUACAACAGCCUUAAAAACGGGACAUGCGUGGUGGCUGCAGGACCCCCCCCAGGCUGUUGAAGCGAGCCUUUCCAGCACGGUGAAGCCUCAUCAUGGAUGUGGAAGAGUUCCCGCCACCGCCCCCUGAGAUGCUAGAUGUGGGCCCAUCCUUCACCGACGAGGACGAGGGGGAGCAGUUUGAGUUUGAUGACAGCGGAGACGAGGUCCCUGAAGCUGACAGACUGCCCCCUGCCCCCCCGACCCCCGACUAUGCCAGUACAGCACCAGCGGCAGGUGCCAACGAGGAGCUUCCAAAGCCAGCUGUCAAGGAGAAUGACUUGCUUCCACCAUUAGAGGGCACCACUGCUUCUAGCGCCGACAUUAGCCUUAAAGAGUGUGAUGGCUUCUCCAAGGACAUCGCCCUGCCCCCUGUCGCCCCUGCCCCCGGCCCCCAGGGCAAGGUGAACCCGUACUCGGUGAUCGACAUCGCCCCGCUACAGCAGCGACCCUCGCCCCCCUCUCUGGAAACGGAGGCUGUGUCCCCGAGCGACGCCCCCCAGAGCCCGCGGGUACCACCCGGCUACGCCGUGCCUCCGCCCCGCGAUUACGCCGUGCCCUCCAACGUGCCCGCCAUCACGCCAGCCUACACCACGCCCGUCAUCAUUCGCCACCUCUCCGCGGACGAGGACGUCACCGUUCUUGGGACAGGUAACAUCUCUUCUGACAGCGUCUUCAGUGAAGAGUACCCGGCCAUCCAGGAAGAAGAUGCACUUUCUAAAUGGGUGUCGGAUCCUGCUAACACGGCCUGGAUGGAAAGCCCAGAUGAAGUCAUUUACGACGACGUGCCCAGAGAGAACUCGGACUCCACGCCAGACGAGAUGAUCUACGAUGACGUGGAGCGCGGCGAGGAGGGGAGCUCCUUGGAUAAUGGCUGGAGCUCCAGCGAGUUCGAGAGCUACGACGAGCAGAGCGACUGCGAGAGCCGCGGGGAGAAUGGCCUCCCCGACGCCUUCCUGCGCAGUGGACCCUCGCGGAGCAAAACGCAUCUCUCCCAAGAUCUGACGCGCUUGAAAGAGCACUAUGAGCGAAAGAUGAAAGAUCUCAUGGCAAAUACAGUGGGGGCCGUCGAGCUGCAGCAGAUCAGGCAGAAGCACGAGCGGAAGAUGCAGAAGCUGGUGAAGGCGGCGAAGGAGGGAACCAAAGACGGCUUGGAGAAAACAAAAGCGGCCGUGAAGAAGGGCCGGUCCUUCAUUAAAACCAAAUCCUUCCAUCAAGACCGCAAGUCGGCCAAUCUGGAGGAAGAGGAGGGCGACCUCUUCAUCGAGGUCGAGUGCUUCAAUGUGGAGCCUGAGCUAUGCCCGGCCCCCGAAGGCCUCACACAGCAGCAGAUGGUGAGGAGACGCAUUCUGGGGUCGAUAUUGGAGAGCGAGAAGAACUACCUGUACGCCCUUAAGCGAAUUCUAGAGCAUUAUGAGAAGCCCCUGUCAGAGAUGGAGCCCCGGUUUCUGAGCGAUAGGAAGCUGAAGGUGACCUUCUGCCGCGUACGGGAGAUCCUGCAGUGCCACGCCCUGUUCCAGAUCGCCCUGGCCAGCCGCGUGGCCGAGUGGGAUGCCUCCGAGAUGAUCGGCGACGUCUUCGUGGCCUCCUUCUCCAAGUCCAUGGUGCUGGAUGCAUACAGCGAGUACGUGAACAACUUCAGCCUGGCCAUGGAUGUGAUUAAGAAAACGUGCGCCUCAAAGCCACCCUUCCUGGAAUUCCUCAAACAAAGCCAGGACAGCAGCAGUGACCAUGUGUCCCUCUACGGGUUGAUGAUGAAACCCAUACAGAGAUUCCCACAGUUUAUACUGCUGCUGCAGGACAUGUUGAGGAACACCCCCGUGGGCCACGCAGACCGGCUGCCCCUGCAGAUGGCGCUGACGGAGCUGGAGACCCUGUCCGACAAGCUGAACGAGCGUAAAAGAGAGGCAGACCAGCGCUGCGAGAUCCGGCACAUCGCCAAGGCCAUGAACGAGCGCUACCUCAACAAGCUCCUGAGGUCUGGCAGCCGGUACCUGAUCCGCUCCGAUGACAUGGUGGAGACGGUGUACGGGGACCGCGGGGAAGUGGUGAAGACCAAGGAGAGACGGGUCUUCCUGCUUAAUGACGUGCUGAUGUGCGCCACGGCCAACGUCCGGGGCAGUCAGGACAGCGGCAGUGCUGGCGCCCCCUCUUGGCAGAAGUUCCUGCUGAAGUGGAGCAUACCACUGAGCUUAGUGGACGUGGUGGAGUUCGGCUCCAGCGAGGACGUUGGGGACACCGGCCGAUUCCCACCGCCACACUCCGGGGAGAAGUUGGUCAUCAGCACCAAGCCCAAUAAGCUGUAUGUGGGUCCGGGGCAGCUGUACCAGGACCUGCAGAACUUGGUGCAUGACCUCAGCCUUGUCAACCAGAUCUCCAGCAUGAUCAGCAGCUUGAAAGGGAAGUACCAGAAUGUGAACACCACCGUAGCCCAGGACUGGGUGUCCGGCCUCCAGCGGCUCAUCGCCAAGAAGGAGGAGGAGAUCCGAGCCGCAGACCGCUGUCGCAUCCAGCUGCAACUCCCUGGAAAGCAUGACAAGUCUGGCCGGCCCACGUUCUUCACCGCAGUGUUCAACACGUUCAGUCCUGCCACCAAGCAGUCAUGGAUCAGCAGCCUGCAGAUGGCCAAGCUGACCCUUGAAGACGACAACCUGCUGGGCUGGUUCUAUGCCGAGGACGACGUGAAUCAGAUGACGCGCCGGAAACAUCCGCUCCUGCUGAGGCAGCUGCCCGUGGUCAUGUCGAAGCUCCAGGAGUUCAAGGUGGAAUGCGCGGCCCACAACCCUGAGCCCCUCUACAACAGCGAAAGCACCGCCGACACCCCGGCCAUGGGGCACGGCUGCGUGUGGGUGGCCAGCUGCACCAAUCAGAUGGGCCAGAUUUCCGUGGUGGCCCUACAGAGCUCCAGCCCCAAGGUGACGGAGUGCUUCAACGUGGAGUCUCGCAUCCUGUGCAUGACCCACGUACCUCCAGACGACACCCAGGAGGACGCUGUGGCAGUCCCGGAAAUGGACUCCUCCCUCGGGAAGGCCGGGGGAACCCCCACCAUUUGUCUGGGGAUGGAGGACGGGAGCAUCUCCGUGUACAAGAGCAGCCAGCGUUCGAAGAAGGUCCGGCUUCAGCACUUCCCCACGCCGGAGAAGUCGACCGUAACUAGCCUGGUGUACGAGGCGCGGUGUCUGUAUGCUGGCCUCGUGAGCGGCUCUGUCGCCGUCUACUCCAGGGCCCCAGAUGGCCAGUGGGACGUGGACUCCCCAAAGCUGGUGAAACUAGGGGUGCUUCCUGUGAAGAGCAUGCUGGCAGUGGAGGACCACGUGUGGGCUUCAUGCGGGGGCCAGGUCUUCAUCAUCGGCAGCAAGACCUUCGCCAUUGAGCGCCACCUGGAGGCUCACCAGGACGAAGGCAUGGUUGUGUCGCACAUGGUGGUGGCCGGCGUGGGCAUCUGGAUUGCUUUCAGCUCCGGUUCGACCCUGCGGCUCUUCCACACGGAGACACUCGCGCACCUGCAGGACAUCAACAUCGCCACGCCCGUGCACCACAUGCUUUCUGGACACCAGAGGGUGACGGUGAGCUGCCUCCUGACCUGUCCUGGCCUCCUCCUGGUGGGGACCAACCUGGGGGUGACCGUGGCGCUCUCCGUGCCCCGGCUGCAGGGUAUCCCCAAGGUCACAGGUCGCGGCAUGGUGUCCUACCACGCUCACAACGGCCCUGUUAAGUUCCUCACCAUGGCGACGGCAGUGAGUAACCGACCUCCGGAGAGCCAGGCCGUUGCUACACCCAGCCAGGAGGCCCGGGAUGGAGAGGAGGCCUGCUCCCCUGGCGCAGGCCCAUCUGGGGGCCCGACUGCGGAACGAGGCGUGUGGCUGGGGGAGGCAGGUGGCUCCGUAGAAGCCAGCUCCUCAUCUUCCUCCUGUGGCUCCUUAGCUCUGUCUCAGAGCUCCCUGGAGCACAGGCCUGAGGACAGCGCCAUCUACGACCUGCUGAACGACCCCGCCCACGUGCACGCGCAUAAACGAAGCCACAAGGUGAGCGUCAGCUCGGUGCUGGUGGUCUCGGGCGGCCUGGGGCACCGGCGGGUCAACCGGAAGACCAAGCAGUCACGGCCGGAAGAGACUGUGUCCACCAUCAUGGUCUGGCAGAUCCCACUGCUCAGUGCCUGACAGGGGAGACAUCCGCCAGCAGCUCGGCCAUCCCUCUGUGCUCUCCAUCGUUGCCUUUCUCUAUCUUCAUGACGGCACCACUUCUCUCACUCGACGUACAUUGUUGUAACAGAAUCCCAGUUAGCUUUUCACACACGAGUCGAGAGUUGACCUCGGUGCUCUGGGCAUUUCAAAGCACGACCUGACUGCUAAAUUUGCCAUUUGUUUUUAUUAGCGCAGAGCAGCUGGUGAGUGCAGAUAAUUGGAAGGGGAAGGCAAACAUUUGAACUUGCAGAAACCCUUGGUACCAGGAGUUUUGGCCCACUUUCUGCUUAGACACUGGACCAUGUAACAUCUUGGUGUGAUGUGCAGGGAUCAAGAAAACACAUGCAAGCUCUUCAUAUUGUCAAUCAUUUUUUGGCCUUCCUUGUCUGUGAAUUAAGCAAGGAUAACCUGAACUCUUGAAAUACCACUUAAAUGUCCUUAAUAUCGGUCUUAUUUCUGCUGAACCUGUUCAUCCGUUAUUACCUUAACGCUUCUAAUGUUCUGCAGUUUGCUAGAUUCCAUGUCAUUCCCUUUUCAAAUGAACACUUGUUGCCAACCGAGUUCUGAAACUCAGUGACUGAUAGACAUUAUGGAGGAAUGAUCACUGUGUCCUGUCUGGGGGGGAACCCAAAUGUCGAUCUGAUACCAGUACUGUUACAGGGAGGCAAUGAGAGAAGAUUUCUGCAGGGUGUAUUGCGGUUAAGGGCGGCGCAGACUUCUUGUCUGAGACUUGGUGAUGUAGAGGAUUUUCUUUGCUUUAAUCAGGAGGCAGAACGGAACACGUUAAUGUCGAACAAACUUGUACUGGCAAGGUAUAUGUUUCAAUAGAUGUUCGUUCCCCUUUUGGCAACGUGGAACGAAUAACAGGGAUUUUUUUCUGUACUGCUGUUUUUCGCAUUCAUUAGAAAACGUUCAACAUUCAAGUUUACAUGAGGCUUACACAUGGCUCACAUUUUGCUUCUUGCUAUUGACUCACAGGUUUACCAAUGACUGACACCCUUGUGGACGUGAAGCAUGAUGGGAAAUUCUGGCUGGCCAGAUAUAUCUUAAUACUGUAGCUUAGUUGGGGGUGUUUUUUUCACUUCUCAUUACAAAAAAGGUUAACACUUUGUUCCAAGAGUGGACCCAUAAUGUUUAAAUUUGUGAUUCAUGUUUCCCCAAUUGAUAUUUAGUCUUUGUUGUAUUUAAAAUUUAAGAGCUUUAAAGUAAAAGGAUUGUUGUAUGUGUUAAUGUUGAAUUACAUUAACAAAGUUGCAAUGAGAGCAAUAUUUUGUUUGCGACCACGGUCAUUGUGCCAGAGUGUGAACCGUUGGGUUGAAAACGUUUCCUGUUAGCUGACAUCCAACUAUAAGCGGCAUCUGAGUGAUAUGGGAUAAAGCCGGCAGCAUUGCAGCAGUAUAAGAGGCACUUUAAGGAGGAGAAACGCCAAGAGCUUUGCCUUUUUACAGCUCACUAUAGCGGGAGUUACAAAUCGCCAAAUCGGAUGCAUUCCCACAGGCUGAUUCAGAUUAACUGCCAAACUGAAUAAACUAAUCCAAAGUGACUUCACAUUGAACCAGCUUAGUUUAAGCUGCCAGCUCAAGACUUGCAGGAUCAGGAUCCUUCACAACCAUUAGUGUUGUCCAGUCCCAACUGCAACUCCUGACCUUUUAUACCUGCAGCUGAUAAGGCCCAAGUUAAGGGGUAACAAGGGAAGAAAUUGAUCAAAAAGGAAAGAACAGUUUCCCGGCUGUUGUUUUGCAUUAUUCUUUAAAAGCUUUACAGCUGUGGACCACGUUGUGUAUCUAACACCAGUUAUGUGUGUGUGAAUGUGCAUUUGCAAUAAAAAACACAGUACAUACAUGAAAUGCAUUGACAUCAUUUCCAUCCAUCCAUUGUCCAAACCGCUUAUCCUACUGGGUCGUGGGGGGUCCGGAGCCUAUCCCGGAAGCAACGGGCACGAGGCAGGGAACAACCCAGGAUGGGGGGCCAGCCCAUCGCAGGGCGCACACACACACCAUUCACUCACACAUGCACACCUACGGGCAAUUUAGCAAGUCCAAUUAGCCUCAGCAUGUUUUUGGACUGUGGGGGGAAACCGGAGUACCUGGAGGAAACCCCACGACGACAUGGGGAGAACAUGCAAACUCUGCACACAUGUGACCCAGGGGGAGACUCAAACCCGGGUCCCAGAGGUGUGAGGCAACAGUGCAAACCACUGCACCACCAUGCCGCCCCUGACAUCAUUUCAUUCAUCCAUUUUAUUAAUAACUUUUGGGACAGCUGCUACCUCUUAUGUAAUUACUACAGUGAUUAUAUAAUCCAGCCCUGUAACCCUUUCUCAACAUGUAUUUAGCAGUCAUUUUUACCCAGAGCAACUAACAUUUGAGGGAGUGAAUGUAAGCGAUUGGGGUUAAGGACCUAACCUGGGAAGCCACACAGCCUGGAUGGUACCCUCACCUGCACCCACACUGUGCCAGGGCAGCUUGCCAGCAGGGAGGCGUUAAUUCCACACUAUGCCUGUGUGCUGGAAAAACACGUUGCCAGAAGCCGGGCUGAUUUGCAGCAUCUCCUCACAGGGUCAGUGUGGCAUGGAGAGACCUUCCACUUCAUGCCUGCCAUUGACGGUACAUCUGAUUAAAUCGCUGUGCCUGAGUGCGAACGCGUUGGAUUGUUUGUCAUUAAUAGCUAGAAGGAGAUUCACGUCCUGCAGCUUUUCAGAGUCUGUCAUGAAUUCCUCCACUGUUCCAGUUUGCUGUCUGCCAUAUGACCAGGCUGGUCACCCCUGCCACACCCCAUUGACUUAUUCCAUACCUACCUCAAAUGACCUGCGCUAACCGAAUUAUCUGUAAAAGAGCAGAAGGUUACACGUUGUGUCCAAGCGAUGCCCUUAUUGUGCUCAGCUUGUGCAUUCUCUGUAUAUGUUGAUGAUUUCACCACCCACACGUUACUCAGAAUAAAAAGACUCUUCUCACCGAAGACCAAUGGAA